AUGCUGAAAAGCUGUGAGGAUUCUUCAGUUGCCUUUUCUAUAGGAAUUUUCUUCUUUCUACUUUUGGUGUUCUGUGGAAUUGGGUGUGUUUGGCACUGGAACCACCCUAACACAACUCGAUUUACCUUGCCAAAAUUUUUGCGAAGGAGAAGAAGCAGGAGAAAUAACUAUGCUAAAACACCCACCUUGAGUCCCCAAGUUAUUGGCCCAAAACAUAAAAUCUCAGUUCAAACCCAGGAUCACAAAUCUGCUAUGGGGGCAACCAACGUGCAUGACAACUACGAAAAUGUGAAAGCCAGUCUUCCAAAAGCUAAAGAAGAAACCGAUAAGGAAAUAUAUGAAAACACAAGGCAGUCCAAUUUUGAGGAGCAUAUCUAUGGAAAUGAGACAUCAUCUGACUAUUACAAUUUCCAGAAGCCUGGUACUUCUGCAGCUCCACAAGAUGAAGAUAUAUAUAUUCUUCCAGACUCAUAUUAA